AUGCCCGCAGUAUUCGAUGACAUAGACGUGACCGACGAGAAGGUCAUCCUCACGUAUGCGGUGUUGGACCACUCCGCCUUGCCGGGGGAUGCACUCCACCUCGAGGUCCGUGCUCGUAUCCGCCACUUUGAGCUAGACGGGGAGCCAGCGUUCAUCAUCGAAUGGACAAGCUCGUCAGGCGACUUCAGCAGGCUGUCCUUCGAUGUCUGUGAAUCGGACGACGGCGAAAAUCUUCCAUCGGAUGCAUAUGGUGAUGCGGAUAGUCAGUCCCGGGCCCGCCAUGACGGAGCUCCGCAGGCCCUUGACGUACCCGGUACGCUCAACAUGUCAACGUUGUCGCUCAAUGACCAACUAUCGGAGAAUGACUUGAAUGGCGAUGCGCGAUUGCAAGGUGAGGACGAGUCGGAUACCCAAUAUGACCAGCAGGUUGGUACCGUUGAACAAGGUACAAAUGUGGGGACUCCCGUGGGAGGGAAUGGCGCACAUGACGACGGGAAGACGGACGAAGGCAGUUCGCUCUUCGUAGACUUUCAGUGUGUCGUCGACAAUGACGGGGAACUGAGCCACGAACUCGACCCAGUUAUCUACAAUUACUUGUACGACCACUACCACGGCAAGUUGGAAGGGGCGAAGGAAGUUUAUGUUGUGCGAGUUCCUCAUGUGAUGGAAGACUAUUGGUCCAUCCGCCUCUUCGUCAAGAAGAAAGUCAAUGACGCGCUGAAGAUGUACCUGACGAGCCCUCCUCUGUGGUUCUUGCGCACUGUAUCUGACCACGGGUCCACCUGUCUUAUUGUCGUCGAUGCGAGGAUUGAUUCCCAUGCCACACCGACUCACCUCCAAUAG